CAGUCUCGCCUCUCCACUCUCCCUCCAUCAUUUCGCGGGGGUCUAAACAUAGGCGCGAGCUCGGCGCACGCGUCGCCCGCCCGCACGCACGCUCACCGUCGGAGAAAAAAUUCCGCCUCUCUCGAUCGCGAUCUCGUUCCCCGCCCCCGCCCCCGCAUCGAGAUCGCGCCUCGCCCGGAUUCGAAUCGGGUUCGCCGGCCGGUGGUGGCGGUGGUGGUCGCGGUGGUGGUGAUGCGCCGGUGCUGGUAGCCGCGCGCAGGCAGGCUCGGGUCGGGUCGGCCGGACGCGAACGAUGAACCUCGUGCGGGGCGUCGCCGAUCUGCUCCGCAAGUCGCCGCAGCCCCCGGCGCCGCCCGCGCCCCUCUCCCCCUCCGUCCGCGGCGGCUCCUUCCCCGGCGCCGACAUCGACGACGCCCCCGCGCCCCGCGUCGUCUUCAGUGAUAGCACUGAGGAGGGAGUCUUAAGUACACUUUGGCAGAAGUAUGAGAAUGCCCAUGAUAAGGAUGAAAAGGAGAAAUCACUGCAAAUUUUUGUCUUACAAUUUGUACAAACAUUCAGAGACUGGGGUCCAUACCAUAUUGAAGAAUUGGUUGACCAAGAAUUGGGAUCUGAUGAAACAGUCGUUGGAUGCUCUUAUGGGCAUCCUUCUGAGGUCAUUCUUAUUCUGAUCCAGGAAAUUUCUUUAAUAACUUCAACUAUCACUGAUAGUGGCACCAGUCCAGAAUCUUCUCCGAAGCAUUCAGACCAACUAGAACCCCUGGAACUAAGCGCUGAAAGACUGCAUGUCCUGGAAUGCCUGACUAUUCUGACUCGCUCCGUGCAUAAUUGUAAAGUAUUUAGCUAUUAUGGUGGUGUACAGAAGGUUACUUCUCUACUAAAAGCCGCUGUUGAUCAGCUGAAAGCCUUGAACAGUUUGCAUGCUGUAGAUGACCAAUCUUCAGGCCAAGCAGUAGAAAAUACAAGGAUGAUGCUAAAGAUACUCAUAUGCAUAAUCACAAUAAUUUCAAACUUCAUGAAGUUGGAACCAACUGCUACAAGGGACCCCAUUUUUGUCGAUACCACAAAAUAUGUCCGAUCGAGCAGUUAUUUGGCUACGGCAUCUCCAAGUAUUCCAGAAAACACCAUUGCCGAUGCACUUCAACAUUGGCAGCAAAACGCUAUUAUUCUUGUACUGGAAGCUGGUUGUGUCAAUCGGUUAGUAGAACUGUUACGGGUCAUUCAGAGGCUGAAUUUGAAAGAGCAGUGGACUGAUCUCUCACUUCAUUUUACCACUUUGUGCACUCUUCGAUCAACUAUAUCUGGUACCCGUGCGCAGAAUCAUUUCAGAAGCAUUGGUGGGCUGGAAAUUCUACUGGAUGGACUAGGACUUCCUUCAAAUAAAUUUUCAGUUUCAAAACAUUCAUCUAUAUCAAGAGAUGAAAGGGGUGAAAUUCUUCUUCUGCAGCUACUAUAUCUGGAAAUUCUGAGUGAGGCAGUAUUUGGCAAUGUCAACAACUUGGAAUUUUUAUGUGAAAAUGGAUUGGUGCAUAAAUUUGCAAAUAGCAUCAGUUGGCCUGCAUUUAUGAUUAAGGAGUUUCACCGGCAAAAGGAUACCACGAAAACUCUUCUCGCAUUAAAUUCUAUCUCUGGUCCAGUUCAUUUUCUUAAUAUAGCAGAAUGGAAUGACUAUUCUCUAAAGUUGAGCAUUGCCCUUUGUUCUUUUAUUCUCCCCUCAAAUGUCAUAAAAUGCUGUUCUGAUGAAACUGCUAUCAACCAAAUUACGGCAUCCAUCCCAUCAGCUUAUCAGGAGCAAUCCGUGAGAUGGAUGAUAAGGGUUCUCCUAACAGUCUUUCUUUGCAUCAAAGCUUGUGCUUGUGAAUCGGAAUUACCAAGCCAUAUAAAGAUAUUAUCCAAAACCAUUCAAAUUUACACGAUCCGUACAUUCAGAAGGGUUCUUGUUUCAUCGCCAGCUCUACUCACAGCUUUUCGAGAGGAAGGUGUGUGGGACUUGAUAUUCUCCGAAGACUGUUUCUAUGUUGAGUCAUCUGUGGAAGACAUCCAAUUUCAUAUUGGUACAGAGAACCAAAAUGACAAUGUCAGAAAUAAUAGGAAAGCAACUGAUUAUAAAAGCUCAUAUCGGAUUGAUGUUAACAUUCUUCAAGUGGAAGCUAUUUCCUUUCUGGAAUUUGCUGCGACACUUAAUGAAAACACAUAUAAUCUGCCAGAAUGCUCAGCACUAGUGGAUGCACUUGAGCAUUGCGUUUCAGAUGCGAUGGUGGCCAGCAUUCUUCUUAAAUGCUUUCGUGUUAUUCUACAACUUGCCACAGAACAAACUUUAGCUUCAUUCAAAUCCUUGGAUGCAAUCACUAGAGUCCUUAAGGUCGCAUGCCUUCAAGCUCAGGGACUACAAAACUCCAGGAAUUUGCCUCAUCCUGACAUUACCAUCAAUAGAGAUGGUUCUCAGAAAAUAUAUAUUGAGAUGACUUCACCUGAGGACAGAAUCGAUCACACACUUACAUGCCUAAAAUUAGGUGUAAACCUCCUUAAGGAUUAUGUAACUAUAUCUAGCGAUGGAAGAAUUCAAGUUUUGCAUAAUGCUGACUGUAUUGAGUGUUUAUUCAACUUAUUCGAAGAAGAGAGCCUCCGAAAACAAGUACUGGAGCAAGUUCUUGCCUUAUUUAGGUUGCCUCCAUCCUCAGCACAAGAUCAUGCUGCAAAGUUGCAGCUAUGCUCCAAAUAUUUGGAGAACUUCACACAAGCAAAUGAAAAUGAAAAGGUCAAUUCGGAAUUGUUAAUUGAUCUACUGGUCAGCAUGAGAGAGAUCAUUAUGAUGGACCGCGUGUACUAUCAAAAUCUAUUUCGCAACGAAGGGUGCUUUCUGCAUAUCAUCUCUUUGUUGAACGGAACUUUCAAUGAGGCAACUGGUGAGCGCUUGGUCCUGAAUGUCCUUGAGACAUUAACCUUACUGCUUGAGGGAAAUAAUGCUUCAAAGGCCGCUUUCAGAGUGCUAGUUGGUGUGGGUUAUCAAACAUUACAGAGCUUGCUAUUGGAUUAUUACAAAUGCUUGCCAAGUGAAAGGCUCUUGGAUGCAUUGCUUAAUAUGCUAGUUGAUGGGAAAUUUGAGAUAAAUGAGAAAACAGCAAUAAAGAACGAAGACGUUGUUGUAUUAUUUUUGAACAUUUUACAGAAGAGCAGCACAUCACUUCAGCAUUAUGGGCUUGUUGUAUUGCAGCAGUUGCUGAAGCAAUCCAUUACAAAUAGAACCUAUAGUUUCAGAGCAGGGUUGCUUAGUGUUCUUCUUGAUUGGUUUUCAAUAGAAGAAAAGGAUGAUACAGUUAACGUAAUUGCAGAGUUGAUUCAGAUUAUUGGCGCACACAGCAUAUGUGGGAAAGAUAUACGGAAAAUCUUUGCCCUCUUACGCAGCAAGAAUAUUAGUGCCAAGCAGAAGCACACUUCUUUGCUUUUGAGAAGUCUCAGCCACAUGCUCAAGGAAAAGGGCCCAGAAGCUUUUUUUGAGUUCAGUGGCCAUGAUUCUGGUAUAGAAAUAAAAUCUCCAUUUCAAUGGCCUUAUAAUAGGGGGCUAUCUUUUUCUUGCUGGUUGAGGGUAGAAAACUUCCCAGAGAAUGGUAUGAUGGGCCUUUUCUCCUUUUCCACAGAAGAUGGAAAGGGGUGCUCAGCCAUGCUUAGCAAAAGUGCUCUAGUAUAUGAGACUAUCAAUAAAAAACAUCAGUGUGUUUUGUUACAACUCAACCUCCCACCGAAGGAGUGGAAGUUCCUUUCUGUUACUCAUACAAUAGGAAGGGCUUUUUCCGGAGGAAGCCAGGUGAGAUGCUAUGUUGAUGGGGAGCUAGUAUCAUGUGAGAAGUGUAGGUAUGCAAAAGUGAACGAGGUAAUGACCCGCUGCACCAUCGGUACAGAACUGAUUCCUCUUGGCGAUGAACCUAAUUCUAUUGGUUUUGAAAGGACUUCUGCCUUUACUGGUCAAAUGGGCCCAGUUUAUGUGUUUUCUGAUGCUCUCUCCUCAGAGCAAAUAAAAGGCAUAUAUAAUCUGGGACCAAGUUAUAUGUACUCCUUCCAUGGCGAUGAUUCCUUGUACAGGGGGAUUUUGGACGCACGAGACGGCAUCUCAUCAAAGAUUAUUUUUGGUCUUAAUGCACAGGCUAGUGACAGCAAGACUUUGUUCAGUGUGUCAUCCACACUUGAUAGUGCUGACAAAAACACAGUUGAAGCAACAAUCAUCGGAGGGACAAAGUUAUGUUCACGACGCUUGCCACAGGAUAUUAUCUAUUGUGUUGGAGGAGUCUCUGUAUUUUUUCCUCUCUUCACUCAAUUUUGUGACGCUGUAACUAAUGGUGGGCAAUAUUGUUAUACAUCUGCCAUCAAUGAUAAAUUGGCAGCUGAGGUUAUUGAGCUUGUCGCGUCUGUUCUGGAUGGAAAUGUAUCGAAUCAACAACAGAUGUAUCUUCUUUCUGGGUUAUCCAUUCUGGGUUUCUUGCUUCAAGCUGCUCCACCUCAGCUGUUAAAUAUGAAAACACUUCCUGCAGUGAAGUAUAUGUUUGAUGUUUUAAGGAACUGCGGUAUGUCUAAAGUUCUUCUGAAAGAUGCUAUUUCACGAGUUUAUUUGAAUCCAGAAAUAUGGGUAUAUUCAAACUAUGAAGUGCAGAGAGAUCUUUAUAUGUUACUAAUACAAUAUUUUGAGACGGAUGGAAGAUUUUUGCCACUACUAUGUGGACUUCCUAGGAUUAUUGACAUUGUGCGCCAAUAUUAUUGGGAAAAGAUAGAUUCUAAGUGUGUUGUUGGUUCAAAGCUGCUGCAUCCAAUUACUAAACAAGUUAUUGGAGAGAGACCUAAGAUAGAAGAAAUCCGCAAGCUUCGGCUUCUGCUUCUGAGUUUAGCAGAAAUGAGCAUAAAGAUCAAAGUUUCUCCAGCUGAUAUAGGAGCUCUUAUAUCAUUUGUUGAGAGGAGCCAAGACAUAGCAUGCAUAGAGGACAUACUGAACAUGAUCCUUCGUGCUCUUUCAAAUGGUUCGCUUCUGUCAUCUUUCUUGGAACACGUAAAUGCCCUUGGUGGCUGUUGCAUUUUCUUAAAUCUUCUGAAGAGGGAAUUUGAGCCGAUCAGAUUGUUGGGGCUUCAGCUCCUUGGAAAGCUUUUGGUCGGGAGUCCAUCAGAGAAGAAAGGAGCAAUAUUAUUUACCUUACCCACAGGAAAAUCUAGGAAAGAAAUGACAUCAGCACCUCAAUUGUUUUUCCAUGUAAUAUCUGAACGGCUCUUGAGAUUUCCACCCUCAGAUAAUUUAAGUGCAACUUUUUUCGAUGUUCUUCUGGGCAGAACCAGUCCAAAACAGGUCCUACAAGAACAUUCUCAGUCUGAUCCAUCAAAAGAUACGAAUUCCAACACUUCAAGCUUGGAUCACUUUUUCCUUCCCCGGACUUUGGUUUGCAUCUUCAAAUAUAUGCAGUCUUGUGAAGAUUCUUCAGCUCGCACGAGAAUCUUAACUAACCUCCUUGGUUUACUCUGUUCAAACCCUACAAACAUUGAGGAGUUAAUGGAGCAUGGUUGGAACUCUUGGCUUGAGACAUCGACAAAUCUCGAUGUAAUUAAGGAGUACAAACCAGUCUCUAAAGCUGAGUUAGACAAUGUGGAUAUCAAUGAACUAAUUCUUGUUAGGAAGUUGUACUCGUUGGUCCUUUCAUACUACCUGAGAUCUGUAAAAGGUGGCUGGCACCAGCUUGAAGAUACAGCUCAUUUUUUCCUUCUGAAAUUUGACCAGGGGCAACUAUCAAGUUCUUAUUUGCUGCGGGAUAUACUUGAUGAUAUUGUUGGGAGCCUGCUUCAGACAUCUUCAGAAGAAAAUAUUUUCCUUUCACAACCUGCCUGUGAUAAUGUCUUGCAUCUUUUGAAGCUUAUCCAGGAGUUGCUUGUCAAUCAAAUAGGAAUUAAGCUAUUGUUUUCAUCUCCUAGCACUACGGACGAAUCUUCAUCCGAUGACAAAUGGAAAGAAGAUAUUAAGCUUACAAUAAAUGAAAUUUUAGAUGCUGAGACCAAUGAUCAGUGUAGAAGUUUUCCUUGGAGCUCGUGCCAAUUUUCUGUUGGGGAUGAAGUAAGUGAUGAUUGGUGGAGCUUCUUUGACAAGGUAUGGAGUAUUAUAUGUAAUUUGAAUGGGAAAGGACCAAGCAAACUGAUCCCAAAAAGUCCCCAAAAUGUUGGAGUCCCAUCCCUGGGGCAAAGGGCACGUGGAUUGGUCGAGUCUCUGAAUGUCCCUGGUGCAGAAAUGGCGGCUGUUGUUGUAUCCAGUGGUAUUGCAAAAAUGAAUAUAUUUGCCGACAGAGCAACGAUAUUGAGGGAAGAGAUAUUCCCGAGAAUUUUCUUUCACCUUGUUAUUCUCUACCUCUGCAAAGCUGGAUUGGAGAAUGCAUCCAAGUGUGUUUUGCAGUUCAUGUCAUUGCUUCCCUUUCUCAUUGCAGACGAUGACCAAAGCAAAAACAAGCUGCAUUUUCUAAUAUGGUCUUUACUCAUUGUGCGAUCUCAGUAUGGGCAACUAGAUGAUGGUGCACGCUUCCAUGUUUUAUCACACUUGAUUCUCGAAACUAUCAUAUAUGGCAAGUCCAUGCUUGUUACUAAUAUCUUGGGCAGAGAUGAUUCUAUUGAAGUCAACAGCAAUAAGGAGGCUGGGUUCAUUCUCAGUUUUAUACAGAAGGAUCGUGUUCUUGCCACGGCUGCUUAUGAGGUUAAGCAUAUGCAUGCUGUUCAGGCUGAUCGCUUAAGGAAGCUGCAAAAACUAAACUCUAAACUUAACGAGCGUUCUACUAAAGAGACACAACUAGUGCAGAUUGUUAAUGAUCAGAUACAUUUCUCCAUCACUUCUGCACUUUCCACAGAUGACAGUAGAAAAGCAGCUUUUGAACUUGCUUUUGAUGAGGAUCAGCAAAUUGUUGCAGAUAAAUGGAUACAUAUUUUCCGUGCUCUGAUUGAUGAGAGGGGACCGUGGUCUGCAAACCCUUUUCCGAAUGAUGCUGUGACUCACUGGAAACUUGAUAAAACAGAAGAUAAAUGGCGACGGAGGUUCAAGCUCAAGCGGAAUUACAUGUUUGAUGAACGUCUUUGCCAACCUUCAUCCUCUAGGAAUGAAAUUACAGAGCCAUUUUUUGACCAACCAUCUUUUAGCACCAAAGUUCCUGAGAAAAUGAAGCGAUUCCUUUUGAAAGGGGUGCGAGGAAUCACAGAUGAUAGUGGCUAUGGAUCAUUUGAGGACACUAAUGGUACAAGUGAAUCUUUCCAGAGUCCUUCAGAGAACCAAAACCAUAAUAAUGCCUCAGAUUCCUCAGAUCAUCGCACUGCUGUUCAGAAUAAGAGAGAGACAUCAUCUACGAGUGCAGAUAAUGAUUUUACCAAGGUGCUAUGUUCAGUUCAUUGUGUUCUUGUAACCCCAAAGAGGAAACUGGCAGGGCAGUUAAAUAUCACACGAACUGUUCUACAUUUUUCUUUUGAUUUUUUGGUUGAAGGGACUGGAGGAUCAUCUGUUUUCAGCAAAUUCAAAGAUAAGAAAGAUUCUGACAGGAAGAAUGAGCUGGGCGGUGCGGAGAGACUUUAUGGUUGCCGAGACAGUUUGAUUAGAAUCAAUGGCGGCUUGAUGCAAAACCAAUCUAAUAAAAUCAAACAUCACAGGAGGUGGAAUAUAGCCAAAAUAAAAGGUGUUCACUGGACACGCUAUCUACUACAGUAUACUGCAAUGGAGAUAUUCUUUGAUGAUUCAAAUGCACCUAUAUUUUUAAACUUCUCCUCCCAAAAGGAUGUUAAAAGUGCUGGGUCUCUCUUAGUUUCCCUCAGGAAUGACGCCUUGUUUCCUAAAGGAAGUAUUAAAGACAAAAAUAGUGUCAUUUCAUUUGUUGACAGGCGAGCUGCACAUGAAAUUGCUGAGAAUGCCAAGGAAAGAUGGCGAAGGAGGGAACUCAGUAAUUUUGAGUAUCUAAUGAUUCUUAAUACCCUUGCUGGACGAUCUUACAAUGAUUUAACUCAGUACCCUAUAUUUCCAUGGGUUGUGGCUGAUUAUGCCUCAGAAAAUCUAGAUUUCAACAAGUCAUCUACUUUUAGGGAUCUCUCAAAGCCAGUUGGUGCUUUGGAUGAGAACCGAUUUAAGGCUUUUGAAGAUAGAUAUCUUAAUUUCUGCGAUCCUGAUAUACCGAGUUUUUAUUAUGGAUCUCACUACUCUAGCAUGGGAAUCGUUCUUCAUUACCUUCUCAGGCUCGAACCUUUUACAACCCUGCAUCGUAGCCUUCAGGGUGGCAAGUUUGACCAUGCAGAUCGUCUUUUCCAGAGCAUUGAUAGCGCUUACAGAAACAGCUUAUCAAAUACAAGUGAUGUCAAAGAGCUUAUUCCUGAAUUCUUCUAUAUGCCUGAGUUUCUUGAAAAUUCAAAUUCAUAUCAUCUUGGUAUUAAGCAGGAUGGUGAACUUUUAGGUGAUGUUGCUCUCCCUCCAUGGGCGAAGGGUUCUUCAGAAGAAUUCAUUCACAUCAACAGAGAAGCACUUGAAAGUGAAUAUGUGAGCUCUAAUCUUCAUCACUGGAUUGAUCUCAUAUUUGGGUACAAGCAGCGGGGACAGCCUGCCGUUGAGGCAGCAAACAUAUUUUACUAUGUGACAUACGAAGGCGCAGUUGAUCUAGAAAACAUGGAUGACAUGUUACAGAAAUAUGCUAUUGAAGAUCAGAUUGCGAAUUUUGGACAGACACCUAUCCAGAUUUUUCGCGUGAAACAUCCAAGAAGAGGGCCUCCUGUCCCAAUUGCCCAUCCACUGUAUUUUGCACCACAGUCCAUAACGUUAACUUCAAGUGUUUCUAGCACAAUCAGCCACAUGUCUGCUGUACUAUUUAUUGGCUUGUUGGAUAACACAAUUAUACUGAUGAAUGAGGGACUCAUAUUAUCAGUGAAGCUGUGGUUGACAACACGGAUGCAGUUAGGUGGAAAUUUCACCUUUUCUGGACCACAGGAAAAUUUCUUUGGGGUUGGUUCAGAUAUUAUCUCCCCUCGUAAAAUUGGCACUUUCCUGGCUGAGAACGUCAAAUUUGGAAGACAGUUCCUAGCAACUCUGCAAAUUAACAGUGACAAAUAUUUGAUUUUAUGUGGAAAUUGGGAAAACAGUUUCCAGAUAAUUUCUCUCUGUGAUGGAAGAAUUGUGCAGAGCAUCAGGCAGCAUAAAGAUGUUGUUGGCUGUGUUGCUGUUUCAUCCGAUGGAAACGUGGUUGCAACUGGAAGUUAUGACACAACUGUUAUGAUCUGGCAUGCAUUUCGAGGCAGACCAAGUGAGAAAAAAAUGAGGACUGCAAAUUUUGAAAUUUCGGAAAAUGAUCACAUUAUAUUGGAAAGGCCUGUUCAUAUCUUGUGCGGUCAUGAUGACAUCAUAACAUGCUUAUUUGUUAGCACGGAACUGGACAUUGUUGUCAGUGGUUCGAAAGAUGGAACUUGUAUUUUCCAUACACUGCGUGAAGGGAGAUAUGUCAGAUCCAUUCGGCAUCCUUCUGGUCUUGGUUUAUCAAAAUUGGUGGCAUCACGACAUGGAAGGGUGGUAUUGUAUUCUGAAAUUGACCUAUCCUUGCACCUGCAUUCUAUCAAUGGUUAUUAGCAGAAAAAUACACCAGUUCUCGUGCUCAUGCAUAAUGUACAUAACGUGGAGCGAGAUUGAGGGGACAUGGAUUCUCAAGAAGCCCUGCUGACGACGAUCCAUGAGCAACCAAGCUGACAGUAGUGAAACUAACAUGCAUGAGGAACACCGAUUAGCGGAGUACCACAUUUGAUUUUCAGGGUAGACAAUAGCAACUGACACUUACAUCGGUAUGGCACACUACCACUCCUGUUGUUGUGUAGUGGAGGGGUGGUUAUCAGGGUUAGCCUAGCCUCAGCAUGAUUUGCCUGUAUGUAUUAGACGUCAGUGCUAUGUAUACACCAAACUCCACACUGUGGUAGAGAGGGUAUUCUACAUUCCUAGCAAUCUGGAAAGUGUACAAAUCAUUCAAGAUCAGCAGUUCUCAUGGUUCUAGAAAAUUCUAGAAUGGAUUAUUGAUGUCAGCCUUAAAAAAAAUCGACACUGAAACUUGAAAGGUGCUCUUGAACAGUGUCUAGAUUGAUUUCUCAAAAAAAAAAACCCAAAAUCAAAAUCAUUAAAAAAACAGUGUCUAGAUACGAAUCCCUUUUCACUAUUGCAUUGGUUCUUAUGAGACCUUCAAAUCCGGGCCCCAAUUGUAUUUGUCAGCCACAUUCUUCUUCUAUUGCAUUUUGCACCGAUGUAUGCACUGCAAAUUUUAGACUGCUGUGUAUUGUGUUUUUACAUAAGUGUGUAUUGUAUUUCUACACUAAUGUGUACUACAUUUAUGGACAGUAGUUACUACUUCCUUUGUCUCAAAA